AUGGAGUAUCUUCACCCAUCAUCUGUUCCCUCAUCAAAGAGUGAACUCUCUCUUUUCAAAGUUCCACCUACUCAGGUCGCAAUUGAUUCAACAUAUGAUGUUGAAUAUAGACCUUCAGCAUCUUUAGAAAGUGCUACUGUUCAUGAAAUUAACAUUCCAGCAUCAGAAGACUUUACUGACCUAUCACAAACGAUGUUACAUCUUGGCAUUGAAGUCCUUACUGAUGAUAAUGUUAAAGUUUCAGAUGAUAAAGUUAAAUGUGUUGAAAAUUUCGCCAACUCAAUUUUUGAUCAAAUUGAUUUUUUUCUAGGUACUGUUAAUACAUCACAGGCUAACAAUAUGUAUCACUACACUUCUUACAUUGAAGACCUACUCUUCCGUCAUCCUACCAAAGCAGAUAUUAGUAGAUAUGAUAAAUCAGUUUACAUAAAAAGUAAUAUUGAAUUAUACUUUAGAUUACAUUUACCAAUGUUAACACAAGAUAAAUUAUUGAUUAAUGGAAUACCACUAAUGUUUAGAUUCACGAGAAGUCCCCGUAGUUUCCCUAUUAUCGCUGAAACGGGUUCAUUUAAAAUCAAGCUGACGAAACUUGCUAUUCACAUGAAACGUGUUAAACUUUUCCCUGACGCUCAAACUGGAAUCAUAUCAGCUUUGAAUAAUUCAAAUGCAAAUUAUUUCAUCAUAAGAAAUGAAGUCAAGAGCUUUUCGUUAAGUAAAGGUCUAAGUUCAGCAACAAUGGAAAAUAUUUUCGCUGGGAUUCUACCUCGUCGAUUAAUCAUUGGAUUUGUUGAAGAAAGUGGCUAUUCCGGAGACAUAAAGAUGGAUCCAUAUAAGUUCGAGAAUUUAAAAAUAAAACAAAUUUCUCUUAGUGUCGACGGAAACACAAUACCGAGUAUUCCAUAUCAACCAGAUUUUCCUGAUAAUUGUAUGAGGGAGUAUGUAAAUUUAUUUCGUGUUCUAGGACAAGACGAAGGAAUCCCUCAAAUUGACUUGUCUUAUGAUGAUUACAAAAGUAAAAAAACAUUAUUUGCCUUUGACAUUGGUGGAGCUCUUGGUGGUGAGUCAGGAUCUUUAUCAUUGUUAAAAAGAGGUGCAAUUAGAUUAGAAAUUAGAUUCACAUCGGAAACAACAAAACAAUAUAAGAUAAUUGUAUUUGCUCAGUUUGAUAAUUUAAUUUCAAUCGAUAAAGACAGAAAUGUUUACCUAGAUUACUAA